AGACUUGUGCAACGCGACAGUUGUGUCUGCAGCGAGCUAGAUGUCUAAUUGAACAAGAUAUCAAAUAUGAAAUCGGAAUUUUUGAACGAAGUGAGAAAUAAGUGUGAAAGAAGACCUUAUUUACAACGGCGUCGCAUGACAAAACCUGUCCACUACAAAAAUGGGGACUUCGACUCAGACUUGGCAUUCGCAAUGCAGGAAAGUUUACAGAUGGCCCGAGAAAAGGAAAAUGAACUUAGUGGGUUUGAAAAUUGUGCUUUGACAAAUGGAGGUGUUUUAGACGAAAUCCCAGCCGUCAAAAUGGCGGGGAAGAUUAACAAUUCAGGAGAUUCGGGAAAUCGUGAGGCAGACGAACUGCGUGAAAUGCUGUUGAUUCAUUUGGAAUUAAUUCAGCAACAAGGCGAUGUGAUCGAACAGAAGGAUCGGGAAAUUAAAGAGUUAAAAUCGGAGAAAAUAGCGCUAGAAUGUCGUUUGGAGAGAAUGGAACGCAGAAUGUCUCUAUUGAAACAAAAGGAGGAAUUACAUGAACCAACAGAUACAAAAGAAAAUCAAGAUGUUGCCUCUACUCCAAAGCAAGAAAAAGGCCUAAAAAGAAAAGCCACAGUCCAUUUGAGUUCUCCAACUCCAAGCAAAUUUUUAGUCAAAAAACAUGCAGGACCUGGGAGACCCGCUAAGAUCAAAACUGAAAACAGCAUCAGAAAAUCUCGAGAAAUACUGGUAAAGGAUAGUCCUGAAAUUGUGACAGACACCCCAUUGUCCAGACUUCGACAUCCAAGUGUCACAGAGGAAGAGCAAACCGUGUUAAAAACUGACUGUGUAUACCAUGUGUCCCAAGCAGAGUUACGUUCCCGCCAUAUUGAAAUUAUCGAUCCAGAAGAGAGUAAGAUUCUGGCUAAGUCCUUGAAAGAAAUUGAAGUACCGUCGUGGAGAAAAAUCAAAUAUACUAAUUUAUAUCAGAUGGAAGGCACGGAGAAUUUAGAAGAUGAUACAAUUAUUAAAAGACAUCAAAAACCUGAAUUAGAGGAAAAACGUAGAAAGAGGUGGGACAUGCAGAGAAUGAGAGAACAGAAAGCUGCCAAGAAAUUACGAGAAAAGGAUCAUGUGAUAUCUCCAAUACAUAAUAUAGAAACGGCCAAUGAUAUUGACUCCUUUCUACCCAUCUUAGAUGACAUCAGCCACAUAGAAAUCAGUGAUGAAUUACCAGUCAUAGCAUUCGGUCAUCCUUUACCUUCCUUACAAUCACAAGAGUUUCAACUACCUUGGGAUUAUGAUAGAAGUACUUUAAGUAAACGACACACAGGUUCCAGAUCUCGUCGAAAGUAAUGAAUUCAUCGUGUCAGCCAUUAUAUUAAUAUUCUAAUCAUAAUGAAGAGACAUACUUGACGUAUUGCUGGAUGUUUAUUUUUUGUUAAAGGGUCGAAGAUAAGUGCUAUAUAUAGAAUUUGAAGCCAAAAGCUCUUCAAAGAUAGAGAACCUCUUAAAUUGGACAGUCACAAAUUUGGUCAAAAGGAGUAUAUAUUUAUCAGUUAGACUUACCAGGUAUCAUGACUAACGAAUAGAAUCUUUGUAUAAGACGACAUAUCCAUUAAACUAUUUAAUUAUUGAAAAAGGGUGUUCCAAAAUUACUUAGUUUCAUUAUGAAAUUUUCGAUUUUUUUGGUAAUCCUAAGAUUCCAUAUAUGCGUCAUGCGGAUCCGUCAUGCGUCAAAAAUCGAAAUGGUUGGUUUAAGAGGGUAUGAUUCCAUAUAUGCGGAAGCGGUAUCUGUCGAAUUGUCUCUGUCAUGGGUAAAAAAAAAAAAA